CUCCCCCUUCCCCUGAGCAGCCCUUUGAAUCCCUGGUCCCCAGCAGCUCUUUUGCCUUCUCCUUCCUUCUCUCCUCAGGGGCUCGGGGGAGGAUGCAGCAGAGCAGGGAAUGGGGGAGAGGCUAGGAGGGCAGUGUGCUAAAGCAGAGGGAAGCUGAGAGGUGGGGAAGGCAGGAAGGUGACAGCCCCCUGGAAGAGGAAAAGCAGCACAAGCCCCUCUGCUUUCUGCUGCUUUACCUUGGUGGGGGGAAUGUAAAAAUGCUGGACAAUAUCCAUGCUGCAAUCCUCGAGUCUGGCAAGAGUGUGUUCCCAACGCUCCCAAAGCUCACGGCAGAUGAAGUCUUUAGUAUUUGGGCCAAUGUGUCUGAAUUUGUGGAACGGCAGCUGUCAAUGAACAAGGGUGUCCAAAUACCAGGGCUUGGAACAUUCUCCUUUUUAAGACAAAAAUUAGAUGUCGGCAACAAUAAAUUUAUCCUUAUUCGAAGACCUGUGUUUCUUCUGUCUGAGAAACUAGCCCAGAUUCAUGGACUCAAACUUGCCAAAAUACACACUCCUGGUGAUAUCCCAAUUAUUCAACUGAACUUCAUCAUGUUAUCUCUGGAGGGUCCAUUUAACAGGGAGAUAGUGGAAGGAUGUGUAAAAGAGACCCUGCUUUUUUUCUCACGAUCCAUCGCUAUCAAACAGAAUGUUGAAUUCGCUUUCAAGGGAAUCGGAGUUCUCGUUAUCCGGGACAACAAAGUGAAAAUGAAAUUUUACAAAGAUUUCCUUCAAGCCAUGGAUGGCAGUGGCAAUCUGGUGAACGCUCUUUCCAAUAGGCCCGGGACGGGCGAUUCAGUCAUUUCAGGCAGAGAAACUGCUAUGUCUCAAUCCUGUGGUUGCAGUGUUGUCAUGUUUCCAAGGAUUGAGUUGAAGGAAACAGACAACAAAGCAGCCAUGGAAACCAUCAUAGAAGAACGUGAAAAGUCCAACAAAGAAAAGGAGCCAAUAGAAAAAGAGAGAACUUAUAGUUACAGUAGCAGUAAAAAAGAGAAUCUUCCCAUUAAGCGCCUUCUGUCCCGACAAUCUAUUGUUCCUGCCAAAGUGUCAGGGUUCAAUCUGACUGAUGAGCUGGAGAAGAACAUCAAGCAAAAGAAUGCCCCUGAAAGUGCAACAUCAUCUGCUCCUCCAUGUUUCUCAAAGACUGAAAUGGACUGCGGUCCCAACCUAAUUCAUGCUACCAGACCCAGAACUCCAUCCCCUCUUUGUCAAGAUCAUGGUGGGGCUGGACAGGAAAUGUGCUACCUGUGUAUGCAGCGUGCUCAGAGGAACAUCCCAGCGUACUUCAGCGAAGAGAGGCGGAGGAAAGAGCUGGAUGAUGACAGAAUAUUGGUGCAAUACCAAACUAUGAAAGACCAGGAGGCUCUUCAUAGGCAGCAGAUGAAGUUCUUGGCGAACAGAGAACAGAACCAAAAAAACGCUGCCUUUAAUCUGGGGGUGGCCGAAGCAAUGAGAAACCACAAAAAUGAAAAAUCCACAGAAUUUCAUAAAUCAUUUGUUUUCGUUAAACGGCCGCCCAGCCCUCCCCCGUAUGCCAAGCAAGAGGAGUAUUCACAAGACUUGUUGAAGCAAAUGGAGGAUAAGAAGGAGAAGGAGGCAAAACUAAAGGAGGACAAAGAGCUGAUGGAUCGGCUGGAACGAGUGCAGCUUGCGGAAGAGCUAGCUGCCCAAAGAGCUAAAUAUCUGAAGGGCAAGAUGGAAGAAAUGCAGUGCUAUAAGAGGGCCUUGGAUACACAGAUAAAGUUGAAGCCGAUACAGUUGCCGGUCUGUGAGCCUGACUCAGCAGAUCUCAUCUUUGGGAAGAGUGAUAUGACCAAUGAGAAGCUUGCAGAAAAAAGGCAUCGAGCCCAGGAGUUCUACAAGCACCAGCUGCACUCCGCAGCACAGCAGAAGAGGACGGCUAUCGUCAAUCAGCUGGUGGAGCAGAGGAGAGAAGCUGACAUGCUGCAGAGAGCCAAGAGAGAGUGGAUUACAGACAGAGGAGCACAGUUUGAGAAAAUAUUCCAGAUGAAUUUAGCAAUGCAGGAUGACUGGCAAAAAAGCGCUGGAAUGAAAAGGCUGAGGGAAAUUGAAGAGAAGCUAUUUGAGCGUGCUGGGGACAAGCUUAUGCUACUUGACCAGUGUGAGAGAUAUCGACGCUGUUUCCAGUGUAAGAGGCGCACGACCAACUGUGGGGAAUCCAAUGUGUGGUCAGAGUCUAGAUACGUUCCAGGAUCCCGGUUAAUGGUUUAAAGCAAGUUUUCACCCUAUUUUUGUUUUCUUCUUGAGGAUUUUUCCGCCCCUGAAUGUGGUGAGCUAUGUCUCACAGCUCAAUGAAAAUUGCUCAAAAGAUUGUUGUUUUCGGACUUAGGUUUUUAUGAGAAUUAUGUUGAAUUAAACAAAGUUCCAAAGUAGUAAUUUCCUUGCUUUGCUACCAGAUCUGUAGGUUAGUUGAACUGAUGGUAAGAUCUGCAGGGGCAGAAAGAAGACAGUGUGGGAAGCAGGAGAUUGUUACCCUGUCAAGCUGGCACUGAGAGAUCAGCAAUUGCUACUUCUCUGAUCACCAUUUAGUGCCCUGUAGGAAAGUUGUUGUCCUCGGUCCAGUAUCUAGGGGACAGCUACCACUAUUUAACACCCUGCUUAGCAAUCUCAGCAAAGAGGAAGAACUGAAUCGGCAUGGAGACUGAGCUAAUCUCUCACCAAAUGGUUGUACCUCCUGAUCCGAGGGCAGGCCUUGCUGGUAAGGCAGCUUGCACUGCCACUGUCCAUAUCGUCGUCUAUUUGGCUGUCUAGACAAUUUCAUUCACCAGGGUUGUCACAUAGACUGGUGCUCUCCAAACCAUUCAAUUCACCUAAACAUCGACCGUUGAUGCCAGUUAAUAUUAAUCUCUGCUGUGGAGUCUGAUAGCGAGAGGCAUUCUGAAAGGAAGUUCUGUUACAGAGCUUGCCUGCUAUGCCAUAAAUAUUGAGGGUGCUAAGUGGAAUAGGUAUUUCCAGAUGAACUGCUUCACCCCUUCGAUGUGCUACAGUGCUUGAGUGUGAGAAGCCCUGUGGGCGCUUUGCUGAAAUACUAGCUCAAGCAAGCCUUUCAGAAAAUCCUAAGCUCCAAGUCUCAUUUUGAAUGCAAGCUCUGCAACUGAGUCCUCUGCUCGUCAGGCACUUGUCCAGCUGGAACUGCUGCAUUGGUAUCAGACGUGUUUAAAGGCUGAGAUGCUGAGCCUUAGUGGAGACAGGCCAAGAGCUGAAUCACAGCCACGGAGGCAAGUUGAGAAAUGUGCUAAUUAGGCGAGAGAUCAACCAAUACUGCCAAUUUUCUACAGAACCCAAGAGAAUACAAAUUGUCCAGUCAGAUGCCUGCCCUGACUUGCACUCCAGAGUGCAGCAGUGCUUUCUCUUGCUAUUGCUAAAGCCCUUGAGAUUUAAAGCCUGAUCCUGCAGUAUUCCCGCAAAGCUUGUUGAGCUCAUCAGGCAUUUUGCAAGGGAUAUAGCAUUGGGGCCUUACUUCUAGCUCUUCUUCCCCUUCCCAAAACUCACUUUUGAUAGAGUUCAUAACUGGUCUGUUACUGACAGCUGUAGGCCCCCCCACCCAGGACAUCACGAGCUACACCUUUCUACUGUCUGCACAAACAGUCCCCAAACAUGAGCAGGGACAGAGAUUGUUUCUGUACACUGGACCUGUAUUAUCGUUGAAUAUUUAUACUGCAGUAGUUCCCAACAGUCCUACACAAGACCUCAUUGUACUAGAUGCUGCAGAAAUGCUUAGGGAAGAUAGGUUUCAG